AUGUCGGCCGCGCAGCUUCUCAACCCCAAGGCCGAGUCCCGAAGGAGGGGCGAAGCUCUGAAGGUCAAUAUCAAUGCUGGUAUUGGCUUGCAAGAGGUUCUCAGGUCCAACCUUGGUCCUCGCGGCACUAUUAAAAUGCUCGUUGACGGAGCUGGACAGAUCAAACUUACUAAAGAUGGAAACGUCCUCUUGAGAGAAAUGCAAAUUCAAAAUCCCACCGCUGUUAUGAUUGCUCGAGCCGCCACGGCACAGGACGAUAUCUGCGGAGAUGGCACUACUUCGGUGGUGCUCUUGGUCGGUGAGCUGCUGAAGCAGGCGGACAGAUAUAUCUCGGAAGGACUGCACCCUCGUGUCAUCUGUGAUGGAUUUGAGAUUGCCAAGGCUGAAGCUCUGAAGUUCCUCGACGACUUUAAGCUUCCAAAAGAAGUUGACCGAGAACUACUUCUCAGUGUCGCGCGCACCUCUCUCGCUACCAAACUCAACUCUACGCUUGCAAAGAAACUCACACCUGCCAUUGUCGAUGCCGUUCUCGCCAUCUAUCAAGAGCCCGCGAAACCCGAUUUGCACAUGGUUGAAAUCAUGAAGAUGCAGCACCGAACUGCUGCGGACACUCAGCUCAUUCGCGGUCUCGCUCUGGAUCAUGGUGCUCGUCACCCGGAUAUGCCUAAGAGACUCGAGAACUGCUAUAUCUUGACCAUGAACGUCAGCUUAGAAUAUGAGAAGACUGAGAUCAACUCGGGCUUCUUCUACUCUAGCGCAGAGCAGCGAGAUAAGCUUGUUGAGAGUGAGCGCCGAUUUAUUGACGCCAAGUUGAAGAAGAUUGUCGAAUUGAAGAAGGAACUUUGCGGAACGGACGGCAAGAAGAACUUUGUCAUCAUCAACCAAAAGGGCAUCGAUCCUCUAUCUCUCGACGUUUUAGCCAAGAACGGCAUUCUCGCCCUUCGCCGCGCCAAGCGCCGAAACAUGGAGCGUCUUCAAUUGAUUUGCGGCGGUGUCGCUCAGAACAGCGUGGAUGAUCUGUCCGCCGACGUUCUUGGAUGGGCUGGCCUUGUCUAUGAGCAGACCCUAGGCGAGGAGAAAUACACCUUCGUUGAGGAGGUCAAGGACCCCAAGUCCGUGACUCUGAUGAUCAAGGGUCCCAACCAGCACACUAUUGCGCAAGUGACUGAUGCAGUCCGAGACGGAUUGAGAAGUGUCUACAAUAUGAUUGUUGACAAGAGCGUUGUUCCUGGCGCAGGCGCAUUCCAACUUGCCUGUGCUCUUCACCUGAAGAGUGACGCCUUCUCCAAGACCGUCAAAGGCAAGGCCAAGUCAGGUGUUCAGGCCUUUGCCGAUGCCCUGCUCAUUAUCCCCAAGACUCUGGCUGCCAACGGUGGACAUGACGUCCAGGAUGCUUUGGCCGCAAUGGAAGACGAAUUCAACGACGGAGAGGUUGUCGGGUUGAACUUGGAGAGUGGAGAGCCCAUGAACGCUGAACUGGAAGGUGUUUUUGAUUCUUUCCGAGUCCUGAGAAACUGCAUUGCUUCCAGCUCUAGCAUUGCAUCAAACCUUUUGCUUUGUGAUGAGUUGUUGAAGGCUCGGCAAAUGGGUAGAGCAGCUGGUCCUGGUCCUGGCAUGGACGGCCCUGAUGAUCACAUGUAA